AAGGCAGACACUAAAAUGUUGACCAUAAGUCAAGCUCUUGUGGCAGUGGCUGUAUUUCUUCUGAUUUCACAGUUUUUAAAGUUGCAGCGAGUGCGGAGACAGUUUCCUCCUGGACCAGUCCCUCUCCCGGUCCUUGGGACGCUGAUUCAGCUGAAAUUUCAGUUUAACCGUGAUCUCCUCAUGAAGCUGGCAAAAAUUCACGGCAACAUAUUCACUUUAUGGUUUGGACCGGCCCCGGUGGUUAUACUGAAUGGAUUUCAAGCCGUGAAGGAUGGCAUGACCACACACCCUGAAGAUGUUUCUGGGAGGCUGGUGUCACCUAUGUUCAGAGCAAUGGCCAAAGGAAAAGGGAUUAUGUUGGCAACUGGUCACACCUGGAAGCAGCAGAGGAGGUUUGCUCUGAGGACUUUACGCAACCUUGGUCUGGGGAAAAGAGGUCUGGAGCACCGUGUUCAAGAAGAAGCCCACUACCUGGUAGACUUCUUUGCAAGUACGAAAGGGAAACCUGUGGAUCCUUCUUUCCCUCUUGUCCAUUCUGUCUCAAAUGUAAUUUGUGCUGUCGUGUAUGGGCAUCGGUUCUCCAGAGAGGAUGAGACCUUUCAUGAGCUGAUUAAAGCUACAGAAUAUAUCUUCAAAUUUGGAGGCAGCUUUAUUCAUCAUCUCUAUGAAAUCUUCCCCUGGCUGAUGAGCCAUAUCCCUGGCCCUCAUAAGACAGCGUUGGCUGGUUAUGAUGUUCUGAGCAACUUCACACGGAGAGAGAUCCGAAUGCACACAGAGCGUGGGACGCCAGAGGAGCCAGAGGAUUUCAUUGACUUCUACCUGGAUCACAUUGAAAAAUCCAAAGAUGAACCCAGGUCAACAUACAAUGAAGACAACAUGGUUCAUUCCAUAAAUGACCUUUUCUUGGGUGGAUCAGAGACAUCAAGCACUACUUUGAACUGGGGCCUUCUCUAUAUGGUGGCAAAUCCAGACAUCCAAGAGAAGGUGCAGAAGGAGCUGGAUGCUGUUCUGGGGCCCUCCAAGUUAAUCUGCUAUGAGGAUCGGAGAGAACUGCCGUACACAAACGCUGUGGUCCAUGAGAUCCAACGCUUCAGCAACAUUAUUUCAGUUGGCAUGCCCAGGAUUUGUGUGAGGAACACAACCUUGCUUGGCUUUCCCCUCAAAAAGGGCACCAUAGUUCUUCCAAAUAUUGCUUCAUCUUUGUAUGACCCAGAGCAGUGGGAAACACCUCGACAGUUCAACCCUGGUCACUUCUUGGACAAGGAUGGAAACUUUGUGGCCCAAGAAGCUUUUUUACCAUUCUCAAUAGGGCACCGGGUGUGUUUGGGGGAGCACUUAGCGAGGACCGAGCUCUUCAUUUUCUUUGCCAGCCUGCUGCGGGCGUUCACCUUCCAGCUCCCUGAGGGGGUGACACACAUCAACACUGAGCCCGUCAUGGGGGGCACCCUGCAGCCCCACCCCUACAGGGUUUGUGCCAUUCCACGCUAGGCUGGACGUGUGCAGGGUAUCACAGACCAUCUGUGAAACAUCUUUCUUGUUUGUCUGAAUGUAUCUCCUGAGACUAUAUAAUGCUUUUUUGUAUUGGAUUUGAAUUUCUAGUUCAAAAGCCACCUUUUGUCUACAGCGGGUAAUUUUAUUUAGACCCUGUUACCUGCUCAUGAAGGUGAUCUUUUUUUGUGGUAAAAAUUCUUUUGUUCUCUAAGACCCCAUCAU